AUGAACCUCGCCCCUGCGCCCAACGUCGCUGCCGCCCCCGUCGGAAUCAGGGUUGAGAAUUGCUACGUAUUCAAGAGCCGCUUGCAAGAAUAUGCACAGAAAGCUGGUCUUCCAACCCAAGAGUACCAUACCCUCAAAGAGGGCCCGUCCCAUGAACCAAUCUUCAAGUCCACAGUUGUCAUUAACAACACCAAGUAUGAUUCCCUGCCUGGAUUCUUCAGCCGAAAAGCUGCAGAACAGUCGGCCGCUGAAGUUGCGCUUAUGGAGAUAGUCAAGUCUGUUCCAGCAACUGAAACCAAAAGCAUCCCAGCAGUACAAGAGACUGGCCUGUGCAAGAAUCUUCUUCAGGAGUAUGCUCAGAAGAUGAAUUACACCAUUCAUCAUAUAUUUGCACUAAACAAGCUUCAGGCGUAG